GGAGAGAGAGAGAGAGAGAGAGAGAUCAGAGAUGAGAGAUGAGAUGAGAUGAGAUGGGUCGUGUAAAUAAAUUUAGAAAGGGUUGUUGGACUGAAGAAGAAGAUAAGUUGCUCAGAAGAUGCGUAGAGAUGUAUGGUGAAGGGAAAUGGAGGCACAUCCCUGAAAGAGCAGGUCUGAAUCGAUGUCGGAAGAGUUGCAGGCUGAGAUGGUUGAACUAUCUCCACCCAAACAUCAAGCGUGGUGACUUUGCGGUUGAUGAGGUUGACCUCAUCAUCAGACUCCAUAGGCUGUUGGGCAACCGGUGGACCCUAAUUGCAGGAAGAAUUCCUGGAAGAACAGCCAAUGAUGUCAAGAACUUCUGGAACUCUCACUUGAGCAAGAAGCUUACAUCUGAGCACAAGCUCACAUCAAGUUUUACAAACAAGCUCCAUGAUCCCGUCACCACCGCCAUGAAUUCCAGGUGGUCGAGGGGGACCUCGGAGUCUUCUUCAGGUGACCAACAACCACAAGAAGAAGAAGAAGACGAAGACGAAGAAAGAAGAGAGAUCAGAAGAAGCAUGGCGAGUAAGAAAAGAGUAGAGCUGAUCUUGCUUCCAAUUCCGUUCAUGGGUCACAUAAUCCCAAUGACUGAGUUGGCCAAGACCCUCUUGACUAGAGAUCACCUCAUUGCCAUUACUAUUCUCAUCAUGAAAUUCCCAACUACCCCAGAAGUUAACGCUCGCAUCCAAUCUCUCGCUGCUUCCGUCACCGGAAUCCGCUUCAUCCAACUGCCUCAUGAGCUCGACCCACCUUCACCCAACACCGCCACAGCUCAGUCCCCAGAAGCCAGGGUAUCCAUCUUCAUAGAGGGCCAGAAACCCUUCGUCAAGAACACAAUCACCCAACUAUUCUUCACUCCCGACUCAUCCGAUUCCAAACCCUAUCGAAUCGGCGGGUUAGUCAUCGAUAUGGGGUGCACCUCCAUGAUCGACGUCGCCACUGAACUCGGGAUCCCUUCCUAUAUCUUCCACACAUCUAACGCUUGCGUGCUGGGUCUCUUACUCCACCUCCCGGUACUUGAUUCUUGCAUCCACUCCGACUUCAAGGACUCGGAGACCGAGUUCACUAUCCCGAGUUUCAACAACUCAGUUCCACCCCAUGUGUUGCCCGAGUCCUUUUGGCGCAAAAACCAAGACGCCUUUACCUGGUGCGUCUACCACGGCCGCAGGUUCAGGGAAGCGAACGGGAUUAUCGUAAACACAUUCGCAGAGCUUGAAACCCAUGCGGUUCACUCGUUAACCUCGAACGAUUCGAUCCCACCGGUGUACCCGGUUGGACCGUUGCUCGAUCUUCAGGGUCUGAUCCAUUCGGAAUCCGAUCAGACCCAAUUCCGGAGCAUAAAGAGAUGGCUUGAUGAUCAGCCGACGUCAUCGGUGGUAUUUCUGUGCUUCGGCAGCAUGGGGAGCUUCAGUGUACCGCAGGUCAAGGAGAUAGCGGUUGGGCUUGAUAGGAGCGGGCACCGGUUUCUAUGGUCAUUGCGCCAGCCACCUCAGGCUCAGGUAGGCCAAGUUUCUCCACCUACAGCAUACGAGAAUCUCGAGGAGGUGUUGCCUGAGGGAUUCUUAGAUCGGACGGCGAAGAGAGGGCUGGUGUGUGGAUGGGUCCAACAGGUGGAUGUGCUGGGUCACCGUGCGAUAGGUGGGUUCGUGUCUCAUUGUGGGUGGAAUUCCAUUUUGGAGAGCUUAUGGUUCGGCGUGCCAAUCGCAGCAUGGCCCCUGUAUGGGGAGCAGCAUCUGAAUGCGUUCGAGAUGGUGAGGGAGUUGGGAGGAUUGGUGGUGGAACUGAGAUUGGAUUACAGGGGAGGAGAUGAUUUAGUGAGGGCGGAGGAGGUGGAGGGAGCGAUUAAGUGUUUGAUGGAUUCCGAUUGUGAGGUGAGGAAAAAGGUCAAGGACAUAGGGGAGAAGAGUAGGAGAGCUCUAAUGGACGGUGGAUCAUCGUUUACUUCUUUGGGACGCUUGAUCGUGGAUCUGAUAGAUGAGAGCUGAAGAAGCGGUUAGGGAGAUAGAUUCUGAUC